GGCGCAGGUGUCAAACCGAAACUACCCGCAUGUAAAUAUCAUAUUCAGUUUUCAAGGCAAUGCUUGCAGAACGCAUAACAAACUGACAGUUUCGGUGAGCUCUUCCUGUUAUCAAGUUAAAAAUAGUCUCUGACUAUAGUAAAUUCUGUUUAUUCAUUGAAGUUCUUGUGUAAGGCAGUGAUGCCUCAAAUCACAUCAGGUGUGAUCAUGCAGCUGACGCUCCUGCUGUCAGCUCUACCUGCGCAGUAUCUCAUCUCCAAAUGGACCAGCGGCACCGAGACACAACGACACAUCGCCACUCAGAGAAUCCUUGACACAUGGGACUCCAUAAGAAAAUCCUACUUGAACGCAGCUGCUUGGGUUGACUGGCUAAAUACCUGGAUUCCCAAACUACCGUCCUUCGGAGAGGAAGAGGAGCAGUACCAAACUCUGGAAGAAGCGUUCGCGAUCGAGCUGAUGAUGCAUGAUAAUGAGCACGGAUACUUUGCAGUGUCAAAGGAGGUGCGAAGCCCUAGGCCAGCAUAUGUGCUGCACCGUGUAGGUCAAGUAGUGAUGGAGACACAGAAUAAGAUGGUGGGGGUGAUCAUGGGAUGGGAUGCAGGACUCAGAGCCCCACCAGAGUGGAUCAAGAAAAAGAAAUUUUCAGACUCCGAGCUGGAGAGAGCCAAGGACACUCCUCAUUACAGAAUUGUGUUCAGUGGACCGGAUUCUUCAUCAAUACUGAUUGGAUACAUUCCCCAGCAUAAUGUCAAGCUCUUUAAAGGCUUUCAGCCGGACAUUCCUACUCUAGAGCACUACUUUUCACACUUCGAUGGGGAAAAGUUUGUUAUGGAGGAAUGGUUGCAAGAAAUCUACCCUCACGACUGAAGGAGUGAAAACUUGAGAGGUUUUAAAAACACUUUGAAAUGCUUGGAAACACAGGUGUGAUGUCUGCUACCCUUUAUUGACAGUAUUGGUUCUUUUAAAGCAGUGGGGGGCUUUAAAGGGUUUUUUUGGGGGGGGGGGACAAAGACAAAAGGAAGCAAGUAAAUCUUGUUUACAUACCCCAUAAACAUAUAGACUGGGUAAUUUCAGUUAAUAAACUUAGUCUUGUGGAAUAUAUGUAAAUACGGUAUAUGUUAAGCAGCGUUCUCAGGGCUGAACUAAAAAACACAAAAUGCUAUUUUUAGUAUCGCUUUUAUAUUUUUAAAAUGAUUAAAAAUAUACACACUUUGCAAGGAUAUGAAACGUUGUGAGGAAAAUGACUGUGAUGUUAAAAAUCAAUUAUAGGUUAAAUGAAAUGUUUUGUAAUAUGCAAUUAGAUCAAAAUCCACACAUGUUGAUCUGACUCAGAUGGGUUCCAGAAAAUGAAUUAACUUAACUUUUAAUAUGAUAUAGCUGAUUUAUUUACAUGAGGAAAACAGAACGAUUUGUUGUUUAAAACAGUAUUGAGAAUGUGGUAAACAGUGUUCAAAGCCAUUAAUACAAACAUGAUUUCUUAUUAAAGCUUAAUUUAUUUAAAA